GUUGUUAAUAAAGUUUCGGUGACGUAAUGAAUCCAACAUGUCGGUGUGCAGCAGCAUGAAGGUGUCACCCUCAGCUCUUCGGGGGUUUAAAUGUCUUUUCGCUGCUCGGUUUUCCUUCAGGAGGAUCUUACCGGGUCUGCCGGGGCUCUGCGGGAGAGGUUACUCUGUGGAGGCUACGCCACAGCAGGUGUUGGACGAGAGCCCGCGGGGCCCCCAGGAUCUCUACAGGGGGCCCCUGGACCACUACAGCUCUCUGAUCAGAGACGGGGCGUUGCGGGACGACGAGCACCAGAGAGCCGUGAUGCUGACUCUGGACCAGCUGCACAAAACCCUGAGAGGAUACAGCAACACACACACUUCGUUCUUCUCCAGGUUAUUCACCAAAUCUAAAGCUCCUCAAGGUUACUACAUCUACGGUGACGUGGGCACAGGGAAGACGAUGGUGAUGGACAUGUUCUAUUCUCACGUCGAGACGGAGAAGAAAAAGAGGGUUCAUUUCCACGGCUUCAUGCUGGACGUUCAUAAAAGGAUCCACCGUCUGAAGCAGAGCAUGCCGAAGAGGAAAGCCGGUAAGAUGGCCAAAUCCUACGACCCCAUCGCUCCUGUCGCCGAGGAGAUCAGCGAGGAGGCCGCUCUGCUCUGCUUCGACGAGUUUCAGGUGACAGACAUCGCCGACGCUAUGAUCUUGAAGCAGCUCUUUGAGAAUCUGUUCCUGAAAGGAGUCGUCGUUGUGGCCACCUCCAACCGCCCCCCCGAAGAGAUAUUGUCAAACCCUUCGCCUGGACUCGGGGAUAGACUACCGGCGGAGGAACCGACCGUCUGCUGGAAAACUCUACUUCCUGUAAGAGACCUUCACAAUAAAGCCACCAGUCAUCGUGCAUUUUAUUGUGAGGUCUUUAAUGUUUCCUGCAGCUCCAGCGAGACGGACGUCGAGGCGACUUUAGACCAGCUGUUUGACGAGCUGGCUUUCAAACAGAACGACAUAACACGCCCCAGACUGAUGAACGUGAACAACAGGAAGGUGCGUCUGGAGAAAGCCUGCGGCAGCGUCGCUGACUGCACCUUUGAGGAGCUGUGUGACCGACCGCUUGGAGCCAGCGACUACCUGGAGAUCUCCCGGUUGUUCGACACCGUCUUCAUCCGACACAUCCCCCUGCUGACGCUCAACAAGAAGAGUCAGGCCCGGCGCCUCAUCACGCUGGUGGACGCGCUGUAUGACCACAAGGUGAGGGUGGUGAUUCUGGCCGAUCAUCCUCUGGAGGAGUUGUUCGUUCAGGACGUAGAACCGGGACACGACGAGAGCCACAUCCUGAUGGACGACCUCGGGCUCAAGAGGGACGAAGCCAGCAGUCUGUCGAUCUUCAGCGGCGACGAGGAGAUGUUCGCCUUCCAGAGGACGGUGUCCCGGCUGACGGAGAUGCAGACGGAGGAGUACUGGGUCGAGGGAGACCGGAGCCUCAAAGCCCAGUAACGCCUCAAAGAGAAACCAGGAACAGAGGGACCAUGAUGCACAACAGACCAGUGACUCCUGUACAGACUAUUUAUUCAAGGCUUUUAUUUUGAAAUGCACUUUACAGACUUCCUGAACUGGAUCAGCUUUUCUACAUCUGUACGGAGGAUUUCCUGCAGAUUUUAAGGACCUUUUGAACUCCUCUCUUGAAGAUAUGACGCAUCUCAAUGAGUGGAGGAUGUUUUAACACAGCGGCAGCAGAUUCGCUCUGAGAUUCACAGACGUGUGUUUUUAUUCCUCAUGAUUUAGAAGCUCCGAACAAAAGCAGACGGACGGGGAUUACAUCACGUAGCAUUUAGCUUCAACAAGAUUACUCACCAAGGUGUCAGAGAAACAGGGGGGUCUUCAGUUUGCAUCAGGAAAUGGAGACCCGCCGCUGUCCUGAUGCCAUUGGGAAGCUCCUUUCACCAUUAGCCGAGCGACGUGCACAUGCUGGUUUAACCGAGGCCUGGAUGUAGGAAGGACCAGAUCCCCCCACAGCUCGGUAGACCAGUACAGGGUCUUGAAGCAGAGGUGUGGUGUGGGAGAACUGGGGGAGGCUGCAGAGGUCAGGGUGAUAUUUAAUUGAAUUUGUGCAGGAAUGAAAACUUAUGAUGGUGUUGACGCUCAUCAAUGUUUGGGACUUGCCUUCAACUGGGAUGAACUGGGAGCGAUGUGGAAAAUAAAUGUAUGAGAUUUUAUUGCGAUAA